CUGUGAGGAGAGGGUCGUUGGGGCCGGCUGGCAGCCAGGGGUGAAAAGGGGGGGAGUCGAAGGCCCCUUCCCCCCGCGCCCCCCCCCGGGGCCAGUUCUCGGCUGACGUCUUGACAAGGGAAGGAGGCGUUCUGGAUCCCAUGGAGCCUUCAUCCUCCAUCGAGGCCAAGCUGAGGAUGGAGGGUGUGGAGUUGAAAGAGGAAUGGCAAGACGAAGACUUUCCUCGGCCUCUGCCGGAAGAUGACCAUAUUGGAGAUCUGCCCAAUGCAUCGGGAAGAGGGGACCCCCCUGAAAUCAAUGGCAGCAAAGUUAAGAAGAAGCUGCUGGCUCCCAAUAUAAGCCUAACUCUGGACCACAGCGAAGAAUCCGUUUUGUCAGAUGAGUUGGAUGAGAGCGGGGAGAUUGACCUGGAUGACCUGGACACACCCUCUGAAAACAGCAACGAGUAUGAAUGGGAAGAUGAUCUUCCAAAACCCAAAUCUACUGAAGUGAUUGGGGAAGGGGAGCUUCCAGAAUAUUCGGCAUCCGAGGAAAAAGAGGAGGAGCGGCGCUGGCGUAUGUUCCGAAUUGGAGAGCAGUCUCACAGGGUGGACAUGAAGGCCAUUGAGCCCUACAAGAAAGUAAUCCGGCACGGAGGAUAUUACGGCGAUGGAUUGAAUGCGAUAGUUGUGUUUGCAGUUUGCUUCAUGCCCGAGAGCAGUCAGCCAAACUACAAGUACUUAAUGGAUAAUCUAUUUAAGUUUGUGAUUGGAACACUAGAAUUACUGGUUGCUGAAAACUACAUGAUCGUUUAUUUAAAUGGUGCUACGACACGGAGGAAGAUGCCCAGCCUAGGCUGGCUCAGGAAAUGCUACCAACAAAUUGACAGGAGGCUGAAGAAGAACCUGAAAUCCUUAAUAAUAGUUCAUCCUUCCUGGUUUAUUAGGACACUUCUGGCAAUCACAAAACCUUUUAUCAGCUCAAAGUUCAGCCAAAAAAUCAGAUAUGUCUUCACUCUGGCAGAGCUGGCGGAACUGGUCCCUGUAGAAUCAGUGGGCAUUCCGGAUUGCAUAAAACAGUAUGAAGAAGAAAAAUUUAAAAAGAAAGCCAAAAGAAUUGACCAAGAGCUUAACGGAAAGCAAGAAGAGAAGACAGAACAGUGAAUUUUUUUUUUGUCAGAGUCAAACCAAGACUGAGGAAUGUGCCGAUGGAAUGAUAUUUUGCAUUAAAAACCUGUUGCAGUGGAGGGUUUGCCUCUGGACUUGUGCCCCGUGGCCUCUGUUCUGCUGGGCUGGCUUGCACACAGCUGCCUUCGUCGUAACCGCCUUAUACUGCAGCAUCACAGGGUGUCAUUGGUGACACCUGAGUUUUAUCUAAAUGAUGCUUAUUCAGUAAUUAUUUAUAUGCAUAAAUGUUAAGGAAAGGAAAGAGAAUAAUAUAUAUUUUUAUGACUUCUUAAAACAAUAUAUAAUGUCUACCUGUAGGAUUUUUACAAGCAGGCAAGACCAUAAAUGACUGCUGUCAUUCAUUUUGUAAUAAAGUGCAUAGCAUCGUUUUGUAAAUGGUCGACUGCCUUUUAGUCCACAAACAGACCCCCCCCCCACACACACACUCAGUAAUAGUUCUGCUAGUUGGGGAUAAUCCACUGUUGUGUUAAGACGAGGCUCCCAUAGUAGAUGUAACAGCGCUUGCUAUAUCCUCCCUGGGUGCUUCCUCUUGGCCCCCCAAAGCUGCAGCUGAUUGGCUACAGAGCUUUUAGUUUUGGCUCUGAAUAGCCACGCUUGUGAACGGAGCAGUUCAAGUGAACGCUAGCUUGGGGUCACUUUACUCAUUUGAAGCGUGGGCGUCUGAUGUGCAACCAGCCUUCAUCAUCUAAAGGUCUGUAUUGGCAUAGCUGAGCCACCUUCUGUUUGAGAUACACCCAACCGUUCAGAAUGAAGGCAAGGGGCAGAACUGUGUGCUAAUCCAACCCGGGGUGGGGGGGCGGGGUGCUGCCAAAAUUGGCCUCCACCGGUCGAGCUUCCUCUUGCCAUAACAUAUAGUGCAUCUUGCUCUGUGUUCUGCUGUGAUGUUCCCCUGCCCUCCAGUGACACAGGAUGACGAAAUGCACAGUGUUGGAGACAUGGGGAUGGUUGGGCUUGCCAAUAGAGCUGGGGUGGAACUUGACACAGGGAUACCAUUUUUCAGUGGCAGCUCUGUUUCUCUCCACUCUAAGUUAGAAGGAUAUGCUCUGCUUUUCUGCCUUUUUGUAGAGAGAUUGUGCCUUGUGCUCUUUGAUUCAGCACCUUCCACAAGCACUAAAUUCACUUUAUACAUUUUUAAAGGAGUCUUUUUUUUUAAUGUACACAGCCACAAGCUUUUCGUGUGUGGAAAUUUACUGCGCUAGUAUGGCCUGAAUCUUAUAUGUCCUGGGUGAAUGUCAGUCACAUGUUUAUCCCAUGCACUAAUCUCUGAACAGCUGAUUUUAAAUAUCUGCUGUGAAACACUUUGCUGACCUUCAGAAAGAGUAAAAUUUUAAAAUUUUCAUUUGCCUUUUCAAAACAUGUCACUUGGAAGCAACUGUCAACAUAUUACCCAUCUCCAAACAGUGUUUACUUGGGAAAUGCUCGCUGUGUUGGUUUUUUAAAUGUAGUCAAUAA